CCGGGACCCGGAAGUGGAUGUGGUAGGGGGUCCCAAGGCCAAGGUUUGGGUGGAGGAAAGUUGGCAGCACCAACAAACUACUGGGAGAUGAGCUGCUGCCAGGAUGAUUGCAGCUGCUGGUGUGCUUACUGGGAAGAAUUUUAAUCUGGCAGCAAGAGAUCUCAGGGGGUCCACCUCAAAACAAUGACGUCCGAACCAGGGAGGACUGCCAGGCUGCUGCUACUUCCUUUGGUGCUGUGGUUGCCAUGGUUACCACACAUUUUGGGACAGAAUGUUGUCCCUUUCGAGUACCACAACUACUCCCAGCUGACCCAGGUGUUAGAGUUUCACCAGAAUCAUAGCGACAUCACACACUUGUACAGCAUUGGGCAGUCUGUUCAAGGUAGGGAAUUAUGGGUAAUCGCCAUCUCGGACAACCCCACGGUCCAUGAAGUAGGGGAGCCAGAGGUCCAGUAUGUAGGAAACAUACAUGGCAACGAGGUGAUUGGUAAAGAAUUGCUGCUUCACCUAUUGGAGGAUCUGACAGGGGGUUAUGGGGAGAAUGAAACCAUCAGCAGGUUCCUGAACAGCACCAGACUCCACAUCCUCCCCGCCAUGAACCCUGAUGGGCUGGAGGGCAGCUUCGAGGGAGACUGUUACAGCUCCAUUGGCAGGGGGAAUGCUCUGAACUAUGACCUGAACAGGAACUUCCCGGAUAAGUUUGAAGAGAACACACACCCCAUCCAGCCUGAGACACGGGCCAUCAUGAACUGGGCCAGAACUAUACCAUUCUCACUGUCAGCCAUCUUCCAUGGUGGGGCCAUGGUGGCAAACUACCCCUGGGACAACACACCGUUAGGACAAGAUGGUCCAUCAAUCUACAGCCGCUCACCUGACGAUGACAUUUACCGGCACCUGGCGCUGACGUACUCCGAGAACCACGGCUCCAUGUACCAGGGCGACGUCUGCUCUGGGGACUUCUUCGAAGAUGGAAUCUCCAAUGGAGCAGACUGGUAUCCCUUGAGAGGAGGGAUGCAGGACUGGGUAUAUAUCCAUGGAGACUGCCUGACCAUCACCCUGGAGGUUUCCUGCUGCAAAUAUCCAACAGAAGACCAACUGAGGGACCACUGGGCAGAGAAUAAGAACUCUCUCAUAGAACUACUUCUUCAGGCGCAUAGAGGCAUUAAGGGCCAAGUGUUCAUCAAUGGAACAGACACUCCAGUCCCAGAUGCCACUGUGACCAUAGGAGACAGGGGCAACAGCUUCCACACUACAUCAGCUGGCGAGUUCUGGAGGAUUCUCGUACCCGGGCAGUACAGUGUGACGGUAUCCAAAGCUGGCUUCAGUAGUGAAACAAGGACAGUGACCGUCCCUUCCAACCUGACCUUCAGUGCAGCUAUAGAGGACUUCUACUUGGUGGAGACCGGCACCAGCUCAGCUCCGAAUGCUUCCGUACCGUCCCUUACAUUCAUCAUUACCUCAACACUAAUAUGCCUGCUAAAAGUGGAAACUGACCUUUGAUAAAGCCUUGAAGAAGUUGUAUAUUUUCACAGUAAUGUAACAUGGAAAAACCUUUAUAUUUUUAAGUAUUUUUUAUAAAAAUGUAUCGUGAAAACCCUAUUGUAAUGUGCAUGCCUGUGCAUGGCAGCUACUAACAGACUUUUUAAAUAGAGAAGAUGUAAUAUAUAUAUAUAUAUAUAACAUAUAUUGUAAUGUUUUAUGUAGAGGUAGAUAUGCAUGUAUUCAUUUAUCAUCAGGGAUGGACCAAAGAAAAUUGGGUGCAAAUUUUGUCAAAGCAACCAUUUUUGUUAUUUUUUUACUAGUCUUGUAUUUGCUAUGUGAGGGUUUUUUUCCACACAUCUUUUUGGAAUCCUCCCAGUAAGGUACCAGUUUACGGCCAAAUAAAAUACUUGUAGCAUUUGAAACACAUUUAAAUCAUCUUUGUCUUGUUUUGAGUAGGUAUCAUCAAGUAGUUUGAUGUUGAAAAAACACUUUAUUAAAAGGAACCAAUCAUUAAACUCUGUCCUCCUGUUGAAGGACAUGUAGUGUAGAUUAGAAAAAAACUUGCUCAAAAGGUGCCUAAGGUAGCCAAGAGACAAAUUAUGGUAAAAUCAGUGUGACUUUCAAACGAUUUACUUAUCAAGCAUUGAAUGCAAUGAGGUUGUGGUUCACUACCAGUGAAAAACUACAAGAUGCUGUAGCUUGAUAAAGUAUUGUUGAAUUUUCAUCCAUAAAAGUAUAGUGCCAUGGUAGGAGAUUAUUGUUCAAAAUAAAAGCUAUUCAAAGAUUUAAAGAAUCUAUAAAAUGCUAGUCACUAUGGUUGACUAUGAUAAGAAAGCAAGGUUUGAUAUCAGUUGCUGUUUCAAGCAUUUGUGUCAUUACGAAAUUGGAUGAAAUGUUAUGGAAUUCUGAAUGACUGUGGUUGCAGAUGUCUUGUUACUCCUUUCACAAAGCAUGUCUAAGGAUUAUACACCCCUUAAUUGCACAUGAGAAAUGAUAUUUGAUAUAUAGAUAUGAUAUUACACUUUGGCAUGUGUCCAUAACUCUUAUUCACCAUAAACUUAUCCUGGAUGUAAACUGGUAACUUUUCUUUACAAUUUCUUUCUAUUUUCACACAACACAACCUCAUAAUCCUAGAUGGUCCAUCCCUGAAGAAAGAAGUUAAUCUAUGAAGGAUGGCCCUUUCUCCCAGAUGUAAGAUGUAACACUACUUAUACUAUGUGCCAUGUUUGCGAUUGAUUACUCUGGUGUGUAUUGACAACUUAGUAGCAUACACUUUUUGCUGAAAUUGUGAAAACUGAAACUACUCAGUUAAAUGAAAUAAAAGAAUUCAAGUA